AUGCGCUCUCAUUCCCUCGUGGCAGCUCUGAGCCUAGGGUCAGCAACUCUAGCACUACGUGGCCAGUUCCCGGUCAACACUGCUGAUGAAAUUCACGUUCAGCCAUUGGAUACCGUCAACUUGAAUGUACCUCCAUAUAGUUCAAGCACUGAGCAAUGGAGGUUUGAAGAAGGCCCUCCUGAGAACGCGACAGGGAACUUGAUAUUCGACACUGUCCAUUCACUCCUGCAACACUGGCCAAACACUCGGUAUCGUAAUGGACAUAACAUAGUACCAGGAGUGAUUCCAACCGGUACUUUGCUUUAUCACGGCACCGGCCGCAAUACGAUACCCAGCGAACCCGACUGGACCGCUACAGACCCAGAGCAUUCCAUCCAUUUCGCUCGUGGAAGUGAUGGGAAUGGCUGGCACCUCACGCUGGCAGCAACGCGACCUCUCAAAGUCUUGUACUUUGACGGAAGCAGUGCUGCCAAGAUAUCCGAGGGUACGAUGGAUACGCAGGAUAUAAUAGCUUGGGAGGAAGUGCAGCCUGAGCGACACUUUGAUGAAAGACGACGGAUUAAGGAUCUCUGUAGGUGGGGAAAGGAGUUUGGAAUCGACGGUUUCGCGAGGAUGGAAAUGGACUUUGAAAUUAUGUUGUGUGAUUUUACGGCUGGUGUUGAGGUAGUAUCUUUCCUGCAUGUCCGACUUUUACCGAAGGACGAAAACCCUCACCUUCUUCGCUUUCCCUCGCCUUCCCACCUUCCUUCCCCUCCUCCAUCGGAUUCUGAUUUCAGGAUUCGCGCAUUUGAAGACAUGCACUCCGGCUCAUUGCAAAAUCGCCAGGCAGGGAUUCGAGCAUUUGAAGUCAUGCACUCCGGCUCAUGGCACAAUCGGUACCCAGGGGAUUCUCGCAUUGUACUCGACCUGACUGGUCUUGUCUCAUUGUAUGAUAUCGCACUGGCACCUUCCCUCGUCCCAGUUCGCGCCGGUCUUGAACGGUGGGACCACCGCGUCUUCGGAAUAUCAUCAAACGAUAUAUCCAAGGUGAUGAGAAAGCUUACUGAAGUUAUUAGUCGGCCACACACGGUGAACAGCGGCAUUGACUGGAAGACCCUUAUUCACGUCAUCGUCGAUCGAUAUGCCGAUCGACUCGAGUUGAUGGAGUAUCUCCUCAAUUUCACUUCGUCAGACUCGCAAGAAGUCCUUCAGCGAGCGAAGCUCACGCAAACCCAGCUCCGUGUUAUGCUUACGCCGUAUCUAUUGGAUUCCGUCGUCGUCCCUAGUGCAGGCGCUUCAGGCGUAGAUGCCUUGCAGUGGGCGUCCCCGAUUUUCAGGCUAUGUGCCACAACACACACUUCCGUGAUAAUAAACCAAAUACCAUUCAUGACACCUUCUGAACACCUGCUGCUGAAAGCCGUUGAGGAGACAACGAGAGAAAUCUGCCGUGUCACUACGGAAAUGUGGGCUGUGGGUGUCAUGAGCGGGCUCGACGCUCUUUUCCCCGUUGAACUGAAUAGAGAGCCUGAUGUCACCCAAAUAAUGAAUGAUUGGAAACAAGAUAUCCAGAAGCUGAUGUCUUGGUUAGACUGGAGUAUAUGGAUUAAAUGUCGACCCGGCUGCGGCCCAGAGGAAAUGUGCUAUCUUCCUACUUGGCCCCAAAAUUUCCCCAGGUCAAAGCGCCCAACCACCUCCUCCUUCAUGGGACCCGCAGAAUAUCAUGGAUACUUCAGAAGGAGACUAUCUUACUGA